AUAAAUAAAUAAAUAAAAGAAAGAAAAAAUAAACAAUAGUGUCGUCUUUGCAUUUGCAGUGGUGCAGUGGCAGUCUUCCUCGUCUCCCAAGUCCCUAACGCUAUUUUCUGAGAUACAAGACAACAGAGAUGUGGCGAAGGUGCUUUAGCAGCGGCACCUCCAACUUCAAAUCCGGCCCCAUCACCCGAUUGAACGGUCAAAAGUGGGACGCUCUCGUCAUCGGCGGCGGCCACAAUGGCCUCACUGCAGCCGCAUACCUCGCACGCGCCGGCCUAUCUGUCGCUGUUCUCGAACGUCGCCACGUCAUCGGUGGCGCCGCGGUGACUGAGGAACUCAUUUCAGGCUUCAAAUUCUCUCGCUGUAGCUAUCUCCAAAGUCUCCUCCGACCUUCCAUCAUCAAAGAGCUGGAGUUAGGGCGUCAUGGGUUGAAAAUGUUGAAGCGAAGUCCUUCAUCUUUUACUCCUUGUUUGGAUGGACGAUAUCUUCUUUUAGGACCCGAUAAGGAGCUCAACUACUCCGAAAUCUCCAAAUUCUCCAAACGUGACGCCGAUGCUUAUUCUGGAUAUGAGGAUCAGCUAGAGAAAUUCUGCAAAUUGAUGGAUCCACUUAUAGAUUCCCCUCCACCUGAAUUGUUGAAAUAUACUUCAUCUUUUACUGAUGGAUUCAAAGAUAAGAUACACAAAUCAGUUUUCUGGGCACGUUUUCUUCGACAAGGUCUCUCUCUCGGCCAAAAAGAUAUUGUGGAAUUUAUGGACUUGUUAUUAUCCCCGGCUUCAAAGGUUUUGAAUAACUGGUUUGAGAGUGAUGUUUUGAAAGCAACAUUGGCAACAGAUGCUGUAAUAGGUUCAACGGCAAGCGUCCACACACCAGGGAGUGGUUAUGUUCUGCUGCAUCACGUGAUGGGAGAAACUGAUGGUGAACGUGGAAUUUGGUCAUAUGUUGAAGGUGGGAUGGGAUCAGUAUCCUUGGCUAUUGGAAAUGCUGCUAAGGAAGCAGGGGCUAGUAUAAUAACCAAUGCGGAGGUUAAACAACUCUUAGUUGAUGACUCUGGCAGAGCAAAUGGGAUUUUAUUGGCUGAUGGUACAUCAGUGCGCUCUUCAAUUGUUUUAUCAAAUGCAACGCCGCACAGAACUUUCAAGGAGUUGACGCCAAAUCAAGUUCUUCCUGAUGAUUUUAUCCGUGCUAUUAGUUACUCUGACUACAGCUCUGCAACUACAAAAAUAAAUGUAGCAGUGGAUAAACUGCCCCAGUUUAAGUGUUGCAAGUUAGGUUAUCCUGCUGCAGGUCCUCAGCAUAUGGGUACCAUUCAUAUUGGUUCUGAGAGCAUGGAAGAGAUUCAUUCAGCCUGUCAUGAUUCUGCUGGAAAUGGAUUACCAUCACGAAGACCAGUUAUUGAAAUGACAAUUCCAUCUGUCUUGGACAAGACUAUAUCUCCACCUGGUAAGCAUGUGAUCAACUUGUUUAUUCAAUACACACCAUAUAAACCAUCAGAUGGCAGCUGGGCUGACUCUGCUUACAGAGAGUCCUUUGCAAAAAGAUGCUUUCGUCUAAUUGAUGAAUAUGCUCCCAACUUCAGCUCAUCAGUCAUUGAUUAUGAUAUGUUGACUCCACCGGAUCUUGAAAGGGAAAUUGGUCUUACAGGAGGGAAUAUCUUCCAUGGGGCUAUGGGAUUGGAUUCUCUGUUCCUCAUGCGACCUGUAAAAGGAUGGUCAAAUUAUAGGACGCCAGUACCUGGGCUUUAUUUAUGUGGAAGUGGGGCGCACCCUGGUGGUGGUGUGAUGGGUGCACCAGGUCGCAAUGCUGCACUUGCAGCUAUUCAAGAUAUGAAUAAAGUAUAGAGAUGAUGUCCAAUGUUUUGGAAUAUUUAUAUAUGAAUAUACUCUUAAUGGGUAUUACUCAUGAAUGAGUAAAUUUUAGUUUUUAAGUUUAA